AUGGAGUAAGUUUUAUUCAAAAUUUUUAGGUAUAAUAUAUGGUAUUGUGAGUUUUAAUGUUUUCUAAAUAAAAUUUCAGUUUUUUUGCACCUUAUGAUUUGACCAAGGACAUUAAUGAUUCUUUCUACGAACAACUCCAAAGUAAGAAAUGGCUGGAGAGGAAGGAACCGAUGGAUAAACUGAUUGGCAUCAUUGACAAGAAUCCCAAGUUACAGCCAAAUGACAGCGAGUAUCACAGGCUUGUCGAUGAAAUUGUUAAGGUAAAAUUACUUUUUUUGUUCUUUCUUUAGGCGUCUUUGAAAAAAACGGUGCAAAAACUAAAGAUCAGCUUUAGAUAUUGUCCAAGGAUAACAAUAUUAAUGUCACAGCUUCGGCAGCUCAGUUUUUGACAAGGUUGGCACGUGGAUUGGGGAAGAACUUUGAAGUGCAUGCUGGGUCUGUGGUUAAUGCAUGUUUAAUUAGGAUGAAAGAAGUGAAGCCAGUGGUCAAAGAACCUUGCAGUGAAUGCCUUGAUGCGUGCUACGAGAUCACGGUAAGCUAGAGAUUUUAUUGUUGUAUUUAUGAGUGUAUACAAUCUUUGUUUGAAUAUUAUGUUAGAUUUGGCGUUUUUAAAGAUGCGGUUACAUAUAGCAUUUUUAGACAUUUGGAAACGUAGUGGAACCUAUCAAAGAUGCAUUAGUCAGUAAAGCUCCAGGCACGAAGUUGGCUUCUUGCGACUUCUUCAAAAGAUGUAUGUUGAAGAUCGACCUACAGACAGCGAAGAAGUCGGCAGCAGCUACAAAAGAAGCGGUGGAUCACUUGUGUAAGAUGGCUUUGGGGUCAGACGCGAUGUGUCGAGAUGCUGCCAUGCAGGCUCUGGCCGCUUUUAUGAGAGCGGUAGGACAACAAGCUUCUUUGCCAUUAUUGUCAUCAGUACAAGGAGACAAGCUAAAAAUGGCGAAGGUGGAAGAGUAUUACGAGCAAUUUGUUCAAGAGUACCCUCCAGUUAGUGCUGCAGCAGCUAAAGCUUCUGAGAAGGAAGCGGCCAAACCAGGAGGAAAGCCAAAGGUAAGAUUUUUAUGUUUAAAGGAUUUUGACGCUUUUCUGCUACUUUUGAAAACUUUGGUUUUAACAUUUUACGAAAGUUAAAAAAAUAUAUUUAUUACAGGCUAAGCCAAUAGAAGUAGUAGAAGAACCUAUUUCUGAAAGCAACUCGCGAAGCUCUGAUGCUACAAUGUAAGUUUGGUUCUUACAAGCAUUUAAUGUUAACUUUUCUUGAUUAAUAGUUGUUUUACAGGUUUCUUACGCCUUAUGAUUUGACCAAAGACAUCAGCGAUUCUUUUUACGAGGAGCUUCAAAGUAAGAAAUGGUUGGAGAGAAAAGAACCCAUGGAUAAACUGAUUGGCAUUAUUGACAAGAAUCCUAAGUUACAGCCGAAUGACAGCGAAUAUCACAGGCUUAUCGAUGAGAUUGUUAAGGUAGGGCUUGCUUAAAUAAUGUUAAUUGAGUGUCUUAAUGUGAUGCAUCUUAUUUUACGGUUUAGAUUUUGUCCAAGGAUAACAACAUUAAUGUCACAGCUUCGGCAGCUCAGCUGUUGACUCGGCUGGCUCGUGGACUGGGGAAGAAUUUUGAAGUUCACGCAGGUACUGUGGUCAAUGCCUGUUUGAUCCGGAUGAAAGAAGUAAAGCCGGUAGUUAAAGAACCGUGCAGUGAAUGUCUUGAUGCUUGCUAUGAAACUACUGUAAGUCGGGGGUGGUUUUUGUGUAAAAACAAUUUAAUUGCGUCGUUUUAGACUUUUGGUAACGUUGUUGAACCCGUCAAAGAUGCUCUAGUAAGCAAAGCUCCGGGUACUAAAGUAGCUGCCUGUGACUUUUUCAAACGGUGCAUGCUGAAGAUCGACCUACAGACAGCCAAGAAGUCAGCUGCAGCUACAAAAGAGGCGGUGGAUCACUUGUGUAAGAUGGCUUUGGGCUCUGAUGCGAUGUGUCGAGAUGCUGCGAUGCAGGCUUUGGCCGCUUUUAUGAGAGCUGUUGGUCAACAAGCUUCUUUGCCAUUAUUGUCGUCAAUACAAGGCGAUAAGCUAAAAAUGGCAAAGGUGGAAGAAUAUUACGAGCAAUUUGUUCAGGAGUAUCCUACAGUUACUUCGGCAGCCGCAGCGCCAGCAGCUAAGGCACCAGAGAAGAAGGUAGUAAGACCCGGACAAAAGCCACCAAAGGCGGCGGUAUGUUCUCUCUAUAUUACUAAAGACAUUGUUUACGGACACUAUUGUAAUAACUGAUAUUUGGUUCCAACUUUAUAAAUUCAUAUUGUUUAGAAAACAGUGGAAGCAGAGCCUAUACCUGAAAGCCGCACACGAACUCCAACCCCGGAAGCUUCUCGGUAAGUGGAAUGAUUUUGUUUACAAACUACGUUAUGCGUUAGGUUUAUUUGCAUGAAAGUAACUAACAUUCUUGUAGUGAGGUGGAGGAGAGUUACCGACCCGAGCCUGCUUUUGUCGAAACUCCUAUGGUGCGUCAGUCUCGGAUGGCAGUUUGCCAAAAGUCUGAAGAACUGACGGAUUAUCUGAACAAAUGCGCCGGAGUUCCGUUGGAAUCCUUUUUAAAUUUGAGCUACAAGCCAAGUUCAAGCACUCUAACGAUUAAAGAGGUAAGUGAUUUUUAUGUUAAAGCUUAUUUCUUAUCACAGAGUAAUACUUUGAGUAGGUAUCACAUUGUAUUACCUCUAAAUUUAUGUUUUCAGCGUCUGGAUAACGUUCAAUUAGAGAAAGACAAGUCGGAUCCAAAAUUUGUAUUACUGGAUGCCCUGAAGGCAUUGAAUUCUACAGACCUAAUCGUUGCCAAUGGUGGUGUAGUAGACUUGUUUGGAUUGGCUCAAGAUGCCAUAGAUGCCCGUUUGCUGACCCCUAAGACUGAAGGUAUUAUUGAUGCCCUUGGACUUAGACUAAGCGAAUGUGCCGAACUCCUGGACUCUGAUCCUUCUCCAACACAAGAGAAGAACGUUGAGGACUUCUUGAAGAACGCCUCCAACUUGUUGUUGAGGUUCAUUCCUCAGAAGGAUAUCGCCGGCAACAUUGACUUUGAGUUGUGCAACAAGUUGCUGAAGCCGUUGUUCGAGUUGUGGUUCUCGGAGAAUGUCAAGUCCGAUGGAAAGUCUUCGAUCAAGCACGUCGUCUUUCAAAUUGCCGAAUCCAUAUCUCCGAAUGUGACAUUGGUGUGGUUGGCUCGAGAGUUGUUGCCGAUUGUGAAAGAAGCAGUGGAAGUAGAGAAGGAAACAAAAGAAACCGACUACAAACAAACAAAGCCCGGAAAUCAGAUGGCUCUCAUGCUCACUACUGCUAAUAAGGUAAUCUUUGGAUAAUUUAAGAACGCAUCUAAAGUUAAUCACCAAUUUGUUUGUUCCUGAUAAUAACAAAUUUAAUUUUAGGCAGUGGAAGUAGUCCGAGGAAGUAACGUUCCAAAGAAAAUGGACCUUACCCUCAUCUUCAAGUCCUUGGCUCCAUUGGUCGAAUUCAUCGUGGACAAGUCGUUGGUGUCCCCACAAUCUCCGAUCAAGAACUCGAUUGUGGGAAUGGUCCAGAGACUUGUUCAGCCCUUGAUGGAAAAGGCCAUAGCAGCGGCUGUCCAAUUGUCCAUGGACUUCCCGACCUUUUCAAAUUAUGUCAUCAAAUGUGUCAAUGCCUUUUUCAAUCGAAGAGUGGAGGAAUUCGCAAAGAAGGGCGAGCAACAGUAUGUCCUCAAACUGGUGUGGCUUUCUUUAGAAAAGUUCAAGAAGGGUGACACGUACGAGCAGGUCAGUAGUUUACUGUAGUAGUAAUAGUGUGAAUUUCUAUCGAUAUUCUGUAAAAGUAUGUUCUGUAUUUUGUACGUCAACAAAACAUGUGUUUUGUGCAACUAUAUAGUUCACUUGGUUGUAAAUUUUUACGUUUUUUAGGCGUUGGAUUCGUUGUAUCUUGUGUACAAAUUAAUGGACCACGACGAUUCCUUCAAGAAAACGUACAAGGCAGACUGGGACGAAUGUAUGAAACACUCUAUAUUCGACACUGUCGCUACAGACAUGAUACAGAAGUACGAACUUGCUCUCAAGGCCCACCAAGAGUUCGACAUCCACGAGUACGUCUUUGACACGUACACCGAAGACUCGACCAAGGAGUUGUAUCAGAGAGUCAAGGCUCUUUGCGAAAAGUUACGAAGCUCCCCCAGUAUCUUUACUGACAAUGGGUUAACAACGGGAUCAUCGAAUGGCGGAGAUACGGUUAAAUCGAACUUCCUCAAGGUAAUUUUUAUAUUGAAUUUCAAUUGCUUACCUAUUUAUUUGAAAAAGACAACUUUUAAAACACCUAGGUUACCUGUAAAGCGUACUUUUAGGACAUGAGACGAUACUCGUCGUUGAACAAGACGGUGACCGACGAUAACAACGAGAAUACACUAAUCUUGUUCAAGGAUGGGGCAAAGGCUACUCCACGAAGAGAAGACCAGAACAUGGAGCAUCUACAAGCUGAUUUCACCAAGACGAUUACAAAGAAACGACGUGAUGAUGCGAACAAUCCCACAGUGCAACUCCAGAGACAAACCCUCGAUUUUGUCACCAAAAACAACUAA